AUGAGUAGCAGCUCUCUGCACAUACCUAAAUACACUUCGCACUUUGGGUGUGGUGAAACCUCAAUGUCAAUUACAGACUUACUGGGUCUUAAUGUGCCAAGAGGAACGCUCUUGGGAAGUAAUAGCAGCCUGAAUUCCCCAUCUCCUCAGUUGUACGACCCAUCACAGAAUUCGAGGUUCUUCCAGGAAGAACCACAUUAUCUGGACAUGAUGGAUGCAUCCGGAUUCCACACACCACUUCACAACCCGUGUGCCUUCAGAAGUUCCCCAGCGUACAGUGACUGUGGGAGCCCAACAGGAGUGGAUCAGUCUCUGUUACCAGCCUCCAACAACAGUGGCUCUACCUCAAACUCCCCUGUUGAUUCCGAUCUGAACCCCAACAGUGUUGAUGCCGGAAGCUUAGCUAAUCUCAUAAACUAUCUAUCCCUCUACAGAGGAAAUGAGCAACAGCAAGAACAGCAGCAACAGGAUCAAAUGACAUCACUAAGAUUUUUACAGCAGCAACAACAUAAUCUGCAAGCGAGUUUCCUGUCGCAGUUCCUGCAGUCGCCACAGUCUCCAGACGGUCAGGCUGCCACCUGCUUCCCACUGUCGGCGCCCUUGGGUCUUUCCCUCUCUUCACCUUGCCAGCAGCGCAGCCCUCCCCAGUCGCAACAGCAGUCGCGGCGCGUGAGAGUUCCGUCGCCGUUGCACCCGCUGACGCCACCGGAGCUCGGGUCGCCACUGCAGUGGCGGCAGUCGCCUUCGCUGACUUCGCCGCAGUCGCGGAACUCUGGGGCGGGCAACCCCGGGGGUGGUCAGGUGUGCCUUGAGCGUGCGGCCCGCUUCCACAAGAAUGCUGCCUCUCUGGUUGAUGCCACCUGCACAUGGAGUGGAACAUUACCACCACGAUCUGUCAAGUCUGGUGCCUAUUCGUGUAAGGUAUUCCUUGGAGGAGUUCCUUGGGACAUGGGCGAGGCAGCCCUGGUGAAUGAACUUCACCAGUUUGGCCAGAUACGCAUAGAGUGGCCAGGCAAAGAACAGUCGGCAUCACAGCCGAAAGGCUACGUUUAUGCCAUUCUCGAGUCUGAAAGGAAGGUUAGAGAGCUCCUGAAUGCAUGCACUCAAGAGUUGACGAGUGGUGGCAGCUGGUAUUUCAAGAUAUCCUCAAAGAAGAUGAAAGCCAAGGAAGUCCAGGUAAUCCCAUGGCUGUUAAGUGAUAGUAACUACAUAAAGUACACUUCACAGAAGCUGGACCCACAGAAAACUGUAUUUGUUGGUGCUCUUCAUGGAAUGCUAAAUGCUGAGGGUUUGGCGAAAAUAAUGAAUGACCUUUUUGGAGGUGUGAUAUAUGUAGGCAUUGACACAGACAAAUACAAGUAUCCAAUAGGCUCUGGCCGUGUGACCUUCAACAAUCCUCGUUCAUAUAUGAGGGCAGUAGUCGCAGCAUUCAUAGAAAUAAAAACUCCUCGUUUCACUAAGAAGGUGCAGGUAGACCCGUACCUGGAAGACUCCCUCUGUUCAUCGUGCGGCCUGCAGCAGGGGCCUUACUUCUGUCGAGACAUGGUGUGCUUCCGCUACUUCUGCCGGACCUGUUGGCACCGACACCACGACGGGCGCGAGCAGCUGCAGACGCACAAGACGCUGAUGCGCAACUCCAAAGGGAGCCGUGCCGCCCCCAUCUCCGUGCCGGGCUUCUCGGCUCCUUCACUGUCAUCCCCGUCCUUCUCGUCGAUGAGUCCUCCCACUCUCAUCAACUGA